UUUUUCGUUGAGCUGAGCGGACGUGUUUUCAUUAGUCCGCCCAAAAUUUCUUAUUUAGCCGUAAUCUGUACUCAAAUUAAUUGAUUAUAACGUCAAAGUAAUUUAUAUAUCACGAAUAAUGCCUCCUAAGCGUAAAGAUAAGGAAACUACAGACGAUAAUGACGAUUGGUCUCCUUAAAAAUGGUCAAGGUGCUCAUGUCUCAACAGGAAAGUGCUUUCAAGUCCUUGCUCGACUCUUUAAUCAAGUCAACUAUUGCAAGAGUGGACGGCCUAGUGAAAGAAGUCGCUGAUUUGAAAGCUAGCUUAGAAUAUUCGCAAAAAGAUAUCGCCGAAAGCGGAAAAUCAAUCAAGCAAAACGAGAAAACUAUAGCCGCAAUUACAGUCGAGCUCACCAGCACGAAAACAAUCUUGGAUAAAUGUCACAACAAAGCCACAUAUCUGGAAAACCAAAGCAGGCGAAACAAUAUCCGUGUGAUUGGUAUCCAAGAAAAAGCCCACGAAACGUGGGAAGAGUCAGAGGCUGCAGUUAAAUCCGCAUUAGUCGAGAAGCUGAAUUUGCCCUUUCAACCCCGAAUUGAAAGAGCGCACCGCACCGGCAAAUUUACGAAUCAUGAUGGAACACCUAGAAAUGGCCCUAGACCUAUCAUCUGCAAAUUAUACGAUUGGAAAGAAAAGGAAAUCAUCAUCAGAAACCAGAAGGCCUCUUUGUCAACGAAGAUGUGGCCGAAGCAACCCUGGAAAAACGUCGUUCUCAAAUACCCCGACUAAAGCAAGCCCGAGAAGAAGGCAAAUUAGCCUAUUUUGUCUUGGACAAGUUAGUUAUUAAGGACAAACCUCCUCGAUAAGUUUACUACUAAGAACACUCCUAUUUGUCA